AUUUGAAAAGGCUGUGAAUUCUGAAAUAGAAGAGAUCCUUGAUGCUCUAAAGGAUCUUUUAGAACAGACAAAACACCUUGGUUUGAAAAAAGUUGACCAGAGAACGACUGUGCAUAGACCACAUGCCCCUCUGCUAGAUGAUUCACAAGUUUACGGAAGGGUGGGUGACAAAGAGGCUAUUCUUAAGUUAUUGUUGUGUGAUGAUGCUGCUGGCCCUAGGAUCUCAGUUAUUCCUAUAGUAGGGAUGGGUGGCAUUGGCAAAACUACUCUUGCUCAUAACGUAUUUUACGAUACCACUGUCCAAGAACACUUUGCCUUGAAAGCAUGGGUAACUGUAUCCGACGAUUUUGAUGUUGUCAAAAUAACAAAGAUUAUUUUGGGGGCUAUUUCUAAAACAAGACCUGAUAUUGAGGAGCUACAUCAACUUCAAAAAGACUUGAAGGAUUCUUUGGCAGGGAAGAAAUUUCUUUUUGUUCACGAUGAUGUGUGGAACGAAAAAUACGAGUUGUGGGAUCUCUUGAAAAGCUCUUUUCAAUCUGGCUCACAAGGAAGCAAGAUUAUUGUCACCACUCGUAAUGAGGAUGUCGCACUGAAGAUGAAGACGAGAGAUGUUCAAACAUAUAAGCUUGAAAAGAUAUCGAAUGAUGAAUGUUGGAAGUUAUUUGCAGAUCAUGCCUUUGAUAAUGCAGGCUCUAGUGAGGUGGUAUUGUCUCAGUUGCAAAAAAUUAGAAGAGAAAUUGUUAAGAAGUGCAAGGGCCUUUCUUUAGCUGUAAAAUCGAUGGCUGGUCUUUUACGAUCUACGUCAACUCCUAACAAGUGGAGGCAUAUACUACAAAGUGAUGUGUGGGAGUUACCAACUUGUCGCGACAUCGGAAUUGUUCCAGCAUUGUGGUUGAGCUACCGAUUUCUGCCUCCUUAUUUAAAGCCAUGUUUUUCUUUUCUCUCGAUAUUUCCCAAAGAUUUUGAAUUUCGCAAAGAUGACAGAGAACAAAUAAUCUUAAUAUGGAUGGCAGAAGGUCUUUUACAACCUCAAAAAGGAAAAAGGAUUGAAGAUGUUGGAGAAGAGUACAUGAGUGCUUUAAUAUCAAGAUCAUUUUUCCAAAGAUCCGGGCACUAUCAAUUUUCUCUCUCUAUGCACAAUCUUAUGCAUGAUCUAGCUAUGUAUGUGUCAGGUCAGUGUUGUUCUAUUUAUGAUAGUUGUAAUGACUUCCACAAGCUAAUUGGUAACAAGACACGCCAUCUAUCAUACAUGAAAGACUUAAAAGAUAUAGUAGAAUUUGACAAUUUUUCUAGAGUGAAGUAUUUGCCCACCUUGUUAGCUUUACCAUUGCGAGAUACAUAUCCAUGGCAGGGGACACAAUUAAAGCUUGAAAUUGUGCUGAAGGAUGGAGGCUGCUUAAGAUCACUUUCUUUGUCAGAAUCACCUAUCACAGACUUGCCUGAUUCAAUUGGAAAUUUAAAACAUCUUAGGUAUUUGGAUGUGUCUGGCACGAAAGUUAAGGAAUUACCUCAUUCAGUUUGUGGGCUGUACAAUUUGGAAACACUCUUAUUGUCACGUUGUAUAAAUCUCACACAAUUGCCUACCAACAUUUCCAAGUUAGUCAACCUGCGUCAUCUUAUGACAAGAUCGACUCCUUUAAAAGAGAUGCCACCGAAGAUUUGUAAUAUGAUAAAUCUUCAGAGGUUAAGUAAUUUUGUUAUGUGUAAAAAUGAUGGGUCCAGGAUCAAAGAGUUGGGAAAGUUGGAUAAUUUGCAUGAACGCUUGGAGAUUUCAGGGCUUGAGCAUGUUAGAGAAGUGAGUGAUGUUUUGGAAGGCAAUUUGAAGAACAAAAAGUAUCUCAAUGAGCUCAUUCUUGAUUGGAAUGGUGAGGCAGAUGAUUCCACAAAGGAAAGAGAAGUUCUUGAUGCACUCCAACCGCAUGUAAAUUUAAAGGAACUCAAAAUCAGAGGUUAUAAAGGUACAAGCUUGCCAGAUUGGGUAACACAUCCAUCAUAUUGUAACUUGGAAAAUGUUGAUCUACACUGCAGAAAUCUUUGCUUGUCAUUGUUAUCAUUUUGGCUGCUAAGUUCACUGAGACAUUUUCAUGUUUUUGGUGUUUCCUGUCUUGAUAUGCAUGAUGAAUUUCAUAGUAUUUCUUUGAAUAAGCCCUUUCCAUUCUUAGCAAGAUUAGAGCUUCAUGAUACAUAUAUGUUGGAUUGGUCAUUUAUUAAUACAAGUGACCAAAGAUGUGAGAGUUUUCAUUGUUUAAAGGUGUUUGUUUUAGAAAGAUGUGUGAAGCUGAGUGUGGCGUUACCUAUGUGUAAUUUUCCUUCUUUAGAAUUUAUCAAUAUUUCAUCUUGCGAUGAUUUGGUAACUAUAUUUCCAACAAGUACUCUCAUUGACUCUGCAUAUCCUUCCCUCAAAAAGUUGGAAACAAUGGAUUGCUCAAGGUUGGAAACCUUUUCAGAAAUGGGAUUACCCUUUACUUUACAACAUCUACACAUCACAUCAUGUGAUAAGCUCAUGGAAAACCGCAUGAAAUGGAAUUUACGAAGACUCCCAUCAUUGAAUUUCUUAGAUCUCCGGCAUUGUGGAGAAGUGGUGGAUUCAUUUCCAGAGGAGUGGCUGCUUCCACCAUCUUUAUUAAGACUUAAGAUCUUUCAUUGUUAUAACCUCAAAGCACUAAACAGCAAAGGCUUUCAACACCUCACCUCCCUUUAUUGGUUAGAACUUCUUUAUUUGGAAAAGCUAUCGUGCUUACCAGCAGCCGGACUGCCGCAGAGUGUUACUUAUUUGUCCAUAGAAGGAUGCACUCUGCUAAUUCCCAGGUGCAAGGAAGGAACAGGGGAAGAUUGGCCCAAAGUUCAACACAUUCCUAACAUACUAAUCGAAGAAACAGAAAGUGAUGAACUCUUAAGCCCAGGUGGAGCAGUGGAUUCAUUUCCAGAAGAACGGUUGCUCCCACCUACUUUAACUUUUCUUUUGAUCUUUGGACUUGAUAAGCUUACAGCUUUAAACGACAAAGGUUUUCACCAUCUUAUCUCACUUCGACGAUUGGAACUUCAUGAAUUGGAAAAGCUAGAGUGCUUGCCAGCAGAAGGAUUGCCCCAGACUCUUACUGCUUUGAGUAUAAUAAGUUGUCCUCUGUUAAAGCCCAGGUGCAAGGAAUAUAGUGAGGCAGCUUCCAAGAUAUUUCUCAUAAAUUGCUUGUGUGCCAUCCAGCAACCUCUGUUGGGGCAUAAUGAAGUUGUUGAUUGA